CAAUGCGGGGUACACCAGUCCCUAAGUUCCUGUCCCCAUGUCAACUGAUAACUGAUAUCAGUAAAGGGUCAUUUCGCAAUGCAGUGAUGCGGAUAAGGGAAUCAUGAGAGUUUAGUCUACACAACUCAGAUAUUAAAACAAAUUUGUUUUCAAAACUUCACUUUUUAAAUCUUUAUCAGUAUGACAUUCCCAAAAAUGUCUUACACGGUUUAUAGCUGGAUGAUUCUUAUCGGCACUGACAAGUAGUCUUGCGUCUGACUGAGUAGGUGACUGUAGCCAACAAGAGCCCCGCUAUCUUACUGCGGUUCUGGUCUUCUACUGUGGUUACAUCUCAAAUCUUCCGCACGUGCAGCUUCUUGAGACGAGAAUCACACUCCGGUGAGCCGCUGACGUGGUAACCCGGAUGUAGACGGGCGAUAGCUGAGAAGACUGGUCGUACACGAGACGAAAACUGUUUACGAGUCACAGAGAAACUGUAGGAGGAUGGAACUGAAGGUACCCAAGAUUCCAGUGUGUGUGGGGAUCGCCUGUUGCGGGGUGGCCUUGGUGUUCCAGGCCAUCGCUGUUGGGGGUACCGGCUGGGUUGUCAACAAGAAAACUAAUGAAGAAACCGGUUUGUUCCGCUAUUGUUCUGGACACUUUUGUUUCAAUAUCGAGAGCAGCAUUAUGGCAGACUGGUUCCGAGCGACCCAGGCGUUCUCCAUCCUGGGACUCUUCGCCAUCACCGGAAGUCUGGCAGUUGGAAUUCUCCAUGCUGUUCUGGAAAAUACACGUGUCCUGUCUCUUCUUGCCAUUGGCUCGUGCGCUGCUUCCUUCGGAGCCCUGUUAAUUGAAGUUGCUGUGUUUGGAAGUGAGAUGGGUGAAACAAUAAUAGCGACUGCUGGUGCCAGGUUCGGCUACGAGUUCAUCUUGUCCAUCGUCGCCUGCGUUCUCAGUGUCGGGGCUGCGGUCUGUUUUGCAUUAGGACUUCGACAGUGACAAACCCAUCAUCAUAGAGUGGAUGCUAGCACUGUAAAAUAAAUACAUUUCUCUCAAUUAGUUCAGAUGUGAUAGUAUACCAACAAUAAAUAAACCUUUCGCUUUUACAAA